UGGACCAAAAGGUUUCGUCUUUAAAGCACAAACCAACACAUGCAGUUGAAACCUUUGAGAUGGGAAGAUUCUUUGCCUCUGUUUUGUGCUAACAAAGCACAUGAGACUUUGCUUCCUUUCACAUCUCCUGUGCAGAGGCUUUCCAGUGGAGUUUUUCCUUACAAGUUAGGAGAUGCCCGUCGCGGUCUCGUAUUUGUAGCAGAACAUAGAGAAUCAUUGGGCUCCUGCAGCUUUUUGAAGAUGGAGGAUCUGAUAAACAAGCAGAGAAGGGUGAGAUUUUCUGAUUCAAGACACGAAGAUCGGCAUCAACCGGAUUCCUUCGCAGGAGGUCAGACAGCAAAGAACUGGUUCCAGAGGCAGUUUUCGGGCCAAAUGAGUUGGGAUUAUGAUUAUUCUGUCCCUAGCGAGUAUGCAGCGGCAGUUGCAGCCUCUGCAUUCGCAGUCCAUUCCCUCAAAGUCGAGGCUGAGAAUCAGAGGAAGGUUAGGGUGGACUUUGAAGCAUCGAGGGACAAGACAAAGAGCAAGACUAUUGACGUAAAACCAGGAGUGAGCAGGCGGUCCUCUAAUAAAGAAGCAGAAGCUUCUGCGAGGAGGCCUCAGGAAAGUGCAUAUCAUCGCCCUCCCCGGACUGGAUCUCGCGCUGCUGCUACUCAGAAGCGAACGGGAUACGCUAACAGAGCUGAAGAUAAAGGAGAUGCAUGGGAGAGAGCUCAGAUGGAAAAGAUCAGAAAGAGGCAUGAUAGGACUAAGUCUUCGAUACUCGAGUGGGAGAAUCAGAAGAAGUCGAGAGCCAAACUCUUCAUGGAAAGGAAGAAGGCGGAGAUGGAGCAGAGAAAGGCAAAAAACAAUGAGCAUUACCGGAUCAAAAUAGCGAGAAUCGAGCGAAUUGCAGGUGAGGCCAGAGCUCAAGCAGAAGAGAGAAGAAGAAACGAAGAGUCCAAGGCGAGGGAGAAGGCAAAGAAGAUCCGAUCAGGAGAGGCCUCUGUGGGAUGUUUCUGCUUCUAAAAGUUUCAUUAGGAGUACAUUCGACAGCCUCUGAAAUUAACAUUACAUCAAAGUAUUGUAUCAUAAUGUCAUUGUAUAUAUCAUUUAUCUCAACAUUAAGGAA